AAGCAGUUGUAAGGUUUACUUUCAGGUGUUUCCAAUGGCCUCCAUCCUCUCCCCGUCACCCUAUCAAGUCACACGAAGAGUAAAAUAAGGUUAUGGGGGAUAUUUCCACUGUUGCAUGUAAGAAUGUCAUGUUCACUUAUCCUUCAGUAUUCAGCGACGAUGGGAAACAAAACCAAAUGCAGUCAACGCUCAACCCUCCAUUUGGUUUUGUUCCCCAUCAAGAUUCAAUCUCGUUUUCAACGGCAAAUCGUGCCAAAAACAUACAAAAUGAUCAAAGAUAUUUCUACGGGACUACGUCUAGCCGUCUACUCAUUGUCUCCAAUUUUUUAUUUUGAUUGAAGCCCAACCAAAUCGACCUCAACCAGCAAUAUAUGUACACAAAUAUUUUGAGCUAGUAAUUGAAUUACUGAAAUAUCCUUGACCAACAAUGGGGAAGGUUUGUUUUGGUCAACAAGGAAGUGGUGAAGGAAGAACCUCCCACUACAACCAGAGGAGCCGAAACCCCUCCGCUUUAUCAGGGGCGGAUAGUCACUUGUCACCGUCAAAAUUACCAGAAUGCCCUAUAUUUGCUGCACUGCAUCUGCAUGCAUGCAUCAGUUGGAGAGAUUUCGGAGCUAACUUUGCGGUAAUUUUGAAAGCUCAUUGAAAUAUCUGUAACGUUCUACAGUCAACGGGAUUUUUUUUGAAAUCAUGGACAAAUCACUGGCUGACAGCAGUGCACAAAAGGGUAAUAUACUCUUGAUUUGUAUAAGCCUACAAGGGCGGUUUCUGUUUUAGUUUGUGAGUCUUAAAAUUAAUUUUCUUCUUUUGGUUGCACAUUACUGCUUCUAACUGCUGGUUCUACUCUCUUGGCUUCUUUUCUAUGUUCUUUUUUACAUAAGCGAUAUUGGCGAAAGGGGAUUUGAACACGGGACUUCGGUUAAGGUAAACACUUUUCAUCAUAUGAGCUACAAGUUCCUUGCAACUUCUCUUAUGCGGUAGUCUCUCUAUUGAGUUGAGUGCCAAUAAGGGAUCACACUUCUGGUUACUGAUUUUCUCUUGCGCGUGUGUGUUUGUAUGUAUGUAUGCUCAACAUUGACUUACAUACUGAAAAAAACGAAACAGAAGGAGAAGAUCCGUUCCUGUUGACGAUGGACAAGUACAUUAAUCAAAUUUGCAGUUCCUCAUCAUGGUCAGAUGUCGAUGCGAAGGAAAUACCAUCUUGGGCAUGUUGUGAAUCUGAGCAACCGAAUGAAGCGCUUCUUGGUUCAGUAGUUGUCGUGGAUGAACAUGAGAACAAUAGUUCACCUACAUAUCUGACUUACUCGAACAGUUUGGAGAGCUUGGUUGCUCAAGAUGUUUCAUCUAUUCUUCAAGAUUUUGAACCAGAUGCACAAGAUGGUGGAAAAAAUUGCGAUGUUCAAAAUAUUGGCAUGCACUAUGGUGUGGAUGGGAACAUGGUGAGAAUACCUCUUCGCUCCAUUGCACCGGAAAAUGUGGGAUGCAAUAGCUUCGAACCACUCCUCUACCAGGGAUUCAAUGGCGAUUUUGAAACCCUUUCUCCAAUUUCUCAACCGUGGCCUCUUCAAUCUUAUGAGGGUGUUUCUCCUGCUCCUGCUUCUGGCAUGGUACAACUCAAAAUGUGCAGCUUUGGAAUAAAUGGAGAUUAUGGGGAUUAUGUUGAUUAUGUCAUGCCAAGCGAUCCCAACAACCUGGCUGCUUUAGUCACCACAGAGAAGGGGAUGCAGGACGUACAAAAUUAUCCUUUGCCUUCCUUCCCUAUUGCUCCUCGGAUGUCUGGUUUGCAGUCUUUACCACAGAAUACGUCAACUAACCCUGUUGGUGAAUGUAAUGGAAAUGGAAAGCCUCGUAUGAGGGCACGUCGAGGCCAGGCUACUGAUCCACACAGUAUUGCUGAAAGGCUUCGGAGGGAAAAAAUUUCUGAUAGGAUGAAGAAUCUGCAAGAACUUGUGCCAAAGUCUAACAGGACCGACAAGGCAUCUAUGCUUGAUGAAAUCAUUGAGUAUGUCAGAUUUCUUCAGCUCCAACUCAAGGAACUAAGCAUGAGCAAAGUUGGGGCAGCCGGGGCAGUUGUCCCUCUCACCACAGACAGUCAAGCUAAGGUCGGGAAUGGUUUGCCGCAGUUGCCAUCAAUCGGGCAAGCAGCUGACGUUUCUUUUGACGAAAUUGCUUUAGAACAACUGGUGAGGCUGAUGGAAUCAGAUGCGGACAAGGCACUGCAGCAUCUCCAAGGCGAAGGUUUCUGCCUCGUGCCGGUUGCUCUUGCUGAUGCCAUUUCUGCAGCAAAGGAAUCAUCAUCAUCAUCGCGGCCAUCAGCUCCCAUUCCUGAUGAUUGGAAGAAGAAGGAAACCAGUUUCGCUGAUAUCGGCGUUGUUCAGAAUAACAGCCGCAGUAGCAGUAACAGCAGCAGCUCACCUGAUCAGAUAAAACGAGAAGUCAACAACAAAUUGGAUUAGUUACUGCUUCAUGAAUUUAAUUUAAUCUUUCUGUUUCCAUGACCUUUGUUUUUAAAUUAAAAAUAAAAUAAAAUAACCAAUUUCUGAGGUU